UCGCUCGCUUAGUUGCUCGAUGUUUCAUUCGGAUCGCCAUUUUGUAGAAGUGUUCCUACUCGUGAUACUUUUGAUUCGAUACACACCUUUAAUCGUUUUCGAUUCAAUAACCAUCGGAUUUUAGGCGGCAAAUUGACUAUCAAUCUAGUAUCGAUACAAAAUGAAGAAAUGUUCUUCGGUUGUGUGGAGGUUUUUUGAACGCAUCGAAGAAAACAAGAGAUGCGUUGCAGUGUUGUGCAAAUUAUGUGAAUCUCAAUAUAAAUACUUUGGAAAUACGACAAAUCUUAGGGCCCACCUGAUAAAUAAACAUCCUAUUCAGUGGGAACUGUCGCAGAAUGGAACUUUGGACGAAUCCCAUUUCAGAAUUGAAGAUGAUGAUACAAAUCCAUCAUCUACGCCUAAACGAAAAAAGUACACACCGAGGCCUCGCAAAGACCAAAACGUACGUUAUUCAGUAUCAGUUAAUAAAGAAGAGUCAGCCGGAAUGGGUGCUAUGCCUAAAAUCGAAAUACAACGGGUCGACAUAUUAGAAAACACAGAUUCUGAUGUUGACCAAGAAGGUAACGAGGCAACAAUAAACCUCGUCCAACAAAUGCAUGCGGCAGCCUCUGAUGAAGAGUGGUUAGAAGAGGACCCUUACCAAAUCACACAUAUAGAGACCUACGAGCCUAAACGCAAGAAAAUGAAGUACAGGAAGAUAAAGCGUGAAGUUGCUUCCCCAACUGGCUUACCCGGGUUCUAUGUAGCACCAAAAGCAGAAAAGACUGUUAUAUUUGACGACUCACACAAAAAAGAUGAAUACUCGAUAUUCGGAGAGUAUGUUGCUAACAAACUCAGGAAGUUUAAGUCACCACGAACUAGGGGGAACUUACAACAGUUGAUCACAACGAUUUUAUGGCAGGCGGAGUAUGGUUUGUAUGAUGACGCUGAGGCUGUUAAGAGAGUACUCAUGUACUCUAUCCAGGCUCCCGAGCCUGAACCAGCCUUAAAUGUGGACAUGCAAUCACAAUUACAAACAGUCCAGGUGCAGGCAGAAGAAGUUAUAGAGCAUAGUGAAGAUCCUAUCCAAAGCAAUGAGGAUGAUUUAGGAGUUAUGACUUAAGUAUUAUUUAAAGUAGGUUAAUUUACGGUUACAUAUUAUAAUAAAGCUUUUCAGUCAUUA